UGGAUGAGUGUGAGUUGGGAUGGGACGGAUGGGGAAUAUGCGUGUGCGGUGCAGACAAGACGCAUUAGGCAGGAAAAGGCAGGCUGGACCAAGGAAGCAAGUAACAGGUAGUACAUACAAUGCAGGGCUGGACCACGAGGAUCAAGAGAAACGAGGGAGAACGCGUAUCGAUGGGAUGGCGACGAUGGACGACAAUGACGAUGAAAGAAGCCGGAGAAUCCAAGCAAGACCAAGCAAGGCAAGGAGAGAAGCAGUUGCAGAAGCAGAAGCAGAGUGGGAGGGAGAGCGAGAGAGAGAGAGAGAGAGAGAGAGAGAGAGAGAGAGAGAGAGGGAGAUGCUUACCGAUUCUGCGUCGCCAUUUCUCUCUCACACACACACACACACUGGACAAACAAACACUUCCUCGGUCUCUCUCUUCUUUCUUCCGUCCGGGACGGGGCAGGGAAAAGGGUAGAGGGAUUACAGUUUUAAUAAGAGGCGAGUGUUUCUGUGGCUGUCCUCGGAUGCGAGCCCCCGGGCAAUGGCUUAAGGUAUGGAACACGCGAUGUUUCGUAGAUUUGGGCGGCACUCUGUACGGAGUACUCGUGCGGCGUGCCUCCUGGCUGUGUGAGCCUGUGAGUGUGAGGUGCUCCGCUCCUCUGCUUGAGGUUGCUUGUCUCUGCUGCCGCCGCAGUGGGCUGUCGACUGUCGAUUGUGGAUAACGGGUUCAAGGUUGCAGGCCAAGGCUCCUCCUGGUUGGGCUGGCUUUGCGUUUGGGUUUGGCUGCUGGUUCGGACGUCCAGCAAGCAACCUGGGUUGUUACCGGGUAUCUCUUGGAAUGAAAGGAAGCAACAGGGGCAUGUAACUGAGUAGACUCUCACUCGGGAAGUAAGGUACUCUGUGGAGUAUCCGCAGGUAGUCGCAGUGGUACCGUACCAGGUAUCCUAUCCGCCCGUGCCCCCUGGCAGAAGAAAAGCUGUCGGGCUUCCAGAAGUUUUGCAAAAGAGUU